AUGGGAAGAUUGAUCAACAUGCAUCAUCUUGAUACAAGGCACACAAAGUUAGUAAGGAUGCCACUAGGAAUGGGUAAAUUGAAAGGCCUUCGAGUAUUAAUAGAUUUUGUUUCUGGUGAGCACAAUGGUUCAAGCAUUAGUGAGUUGGGAAAGCUCAAGAAUUUACGUGGAAGACUUGCCAUUUCAAAUUUACAAAAUGUUGUUUGCCAUAUAGAUGCCAAAGAUGCCAAUUUGAAGGAGAAGAUCAACCUUAAGGAGUUGCAGUUGAUAUGGAGGUUUGCUGAAGUAGUAACAGUGGGUGAUGAGUUCUAUGGGCACGGUGCUGCCUUGAGUAAACCAUUUGGAUCACUGGAAAUUCUAAGUUUCGAGGAUAUGCCAGAGUGGGAAGAAUGGUUUUGCUUGAAAGACGGAGCGUUCUGUCUUUCCCAAGAGUUAUACAUGGAAGAUUGUCCCAAGAUAACCAAGUCUUUGCCCAAACACCUCCCUUCUUUAAUGAAACUUAAGAUUGAGAGAUGUGGGAAGCUUGGAGGCUUGCUUCCAAUGGCACCAAGCAUGUCUAAACUUGACUUAAACCAAUGUGAUGCAUUGCGAUUGGAGCCAUUGCCUUGUGGGCUUCGACAGCUGCAAAUUUACAAAUUGAAUAUCAAGGAUUCCAUAUUGGAGCAAAUGGAGCGACACUACACUCAUCUUGAAAAGUUGGUAAUAUGGAAUUGUUAUGGUCUCAGGUCUUUUCUUGAAGAGGAGAUAGAGUUUUUCCCAGAUGAACAUAUGCUGCCCUCUACUCCUACUGGUCUUGACAUAUAUGGACCGUCUUCCGAAUCUUACGUUUUUGGACAGCAAGGGCCUUCAACACCUCACUUGUCUUCGCACAUUGGUUAUGUCGGACUGUCCGAAGCUCCAAUCUAUGCCAGCAAAGAUGCCUUACAAAUUGUCUGUUGCUGGAAGAAAUUGCGAAAAGAAGGAAGGUAA